AUGGCUUCAGUGGCCUCGCAUUCACAUCCACGUUCACGACAAGCUAGGAAUCGAGAAGAUGGAAAUCUGCUACUGCUACUGCUACUGCUACUACCUCCAUCGCCACCACCUUUGAGGAACAAAGAAGAGGAAGAAGAAGAAGAACCAGCUCGGUUGUUGCUUCCGCCAGUUUUCGAAAUGGACCUUGGUUUUGACUCGGCUAGAGACGUUGAAGCGCCUUUAAAGAAGCUUACGUUUAUUCUAGAUAAGAAACAAGAACCAUUCGUUAGUGAAGGCAAUCUUGCAAAACACACAUUUGAACUCGCAAAACCAGGCAGCCAGUCACACGACUCCUCUUGUUCUACUCCUCCUCCGCAAAGCUUACUUCAUCUGUACGAAGAAGUCGACGAUUCAUACGACGACGACGACGAGUUGUUCGACGAAGCAUCGUCAUUGAUGGAAAAUGGCAAUUUGCCUCAUUUGCUGCCAGCAUCAUGUUCGCCAAUUCGAGACAAAGCGUGCCACUUGCGCGAAAAGCCCAAUCAAUCACCAUCAGCAAUGCCAAGUACAGACUCGUCAACUUACCUCAGGAAUGCAUUGAUGCAGCUGAAGUCAUGGCGCAUGAAGAUUAGUUUGGACUUUGACGAGAUGUGCCGUGCUGUAGGUGCGAUUGGCUGUAAGAACCGCCAGCAACGUGAGUUGUUGGCGUUAUUGGAGUCACGCAACGAGGUCUCCAUGCAAAGAAUCCGCGAGAUGAAUCAGAGUGUGGCCAGGUUGAAGUUAAUGAGGUGCGAUUCGGGACACGAUGCGCGAGACGCAAGCUUUGAUGAGCUGGAAAAUGAGGCAUUAAGUGAGAAAAAUUCGGGCACUACUAUCCCUAAUGGUGAAGGGCUGAGUGUUGAUGCGUUUAAUCUUUGUUUGGCAGAUUCUGCUAUAGACAAAAAUGAAGUUGAGUGCGCUUGCAAUGACGAAAUUAAUCAAGCGUCAAAGGACAUGGACUCGCGUGUUGUUGUUGCUACUGGCGCAGCCGAAACUCACCUCGCGCAAACUGGCAUGAAUCCACGGAAACAAAAAGACUCGGUCAACGAUGAGCUUGUCUUCUUGCAACAAGAUCUCGUAGGUGAAGAAGAUGAAGAAGAAAAACAAGCCGAGGAAUCGGAAAUUACUACUAAUGACGUUACGAAUUUAUCAUUUGAAAAAACCACUACAAGCAAAGAAGAAAAGUUACCAUUUAGGCAAGACGCAUUUGCUACUGCCAUCUCGCACGAAUCUCAAACUGCACCACAAUCGACAAAUUUCAUCUACUUUGCAAUUUUUUUACUACUACUUGCAUUUCUAAAAAGUCAAGUCUAG